CCGGAAAACUGAGAGCUGUUCGCGGUCGCUUCCAUAGCCCCCAUGGCGCCGGAUGCGAAUGCAGGCGAGCAGCUCAGCUUCAAGCAAAAGCUUUCAGAGGUUCAGACGAGUUUUGCGGCACUUCAUGAACGCAUUGCAAGUUUGGAAGAUGGCUACAUGCAGGACCUAGAGACUGCGAUUUCGCAGCGCAUACGCGAAAACGGCAAAGUGAAGAAGCUUAGAAAGAAGAAGAGAAAGGAGAGUUCAGUGGCGCAGGUAUGCCCAACGCUGCCGGAGCCGGAAGAAGACAUUGAGGCAGAAGCCACGGACACGGCCUCGUACAUCGGUGAGGAGGGUAUGGCUCUCGGAGACGAGAAGCGGGAGGCACGUUGCACCUUCAAAUUGGAUGAGGCGUUGGAAGUGCCUCGUUCCAAAUCUACUAGGAGCCGGCAGAACACCCUCGGCCCGGUGGCGAGCUUCAGGAUGAGGACAAUCAGAGCAACCGGCAUGAGUGGGCCAUUGGACCCAGUCAUGGCUGCUGCUACAAACAACGAAGAGGAGCUGGGCAAACGCCUGCUGGUGGCAAAGAAUAAGCUGAACAGCUGCAGAGACCACUCCAUCCUGCAGAAAGUGGCGAACUUUCUUAGAACCGCCAUGGGCAAGCAUCAAGAUGCUGGCCAACCUUCCGAGAUCCGAUGGCUGAUUUUCGAGUUCUUUGCUGCCUGUAUGAUAGCAGCCAACUCCUUGGCGCUGGGUGUGGAGGUGCAGUACUCGUCUCAGAAUAGCGCCAACUCGGCGGUGCUGAUGGGUUUCAGCUUGUUCUUCGCGAACUGGUUCAUCCUGGAAGUCAUCAUCCGCAUGCGGGUGGUGGGAAUCGGACCAUUCUUUUGCGACGAUGACCGCGUUUGGAACUUGUUCGACUUGGCUCUCGCCUUCGUAAGUGUCUUCGAGCUGUCCAUGGUGGUUUUUGGAAGCAACGCCAAGAGUUCGUUCUCCAGCAUCAAGGCCAUCAAGAUUCUCCGCAUGGUACGGCUCUUCCGGGUCUUCCGCUUCUUCCGGCAGUUGGCCACGCUAGCGCUUAUGGUGGCAGACUCAGUGCGGCAGCUGCUGUGGGCACUGGUGAUGUUUCUGCUGAUCAUGUACGUCUUCGCCAUUACGCUCACGAGCAGCUGCAGUGACUGGCUGAAGGAGCGUGUGGACUUUGAAGCCGACUGGCAGGAGCAGGUCGGCAACAGCACGGAGCUUGGGGUCAAGGAAGUUCACCACUUCUUUGGCAGCCUGCCCCGCAGUGUCUACACACUUUUCCAGACUACGCUCGGCGGGAUCAGCUGGUAUGAAGUUACCGACGCGCUUGCCCACGUCGACUCGAUGUCCUUUGCACUGAUGUUUGCAUAUAUUAUUUUCACCAUCUUGGCGCUCAUGAACGUGUUCACAGGCGUGUUUGUGGACAAUGCCGUGCAGAAUUCAAAGAAGCAGAGGAAGAUCCAAAUCGACGAGGCCUUGGACAAAAAGAGGACGAUGCUGGACCAGAUGAUCGAGUUCUUUGUGGCCACAGACCUGGACGGCGAUGGCACCAUCAGCCUAGAAGAGAUCCAAGUCCUGCUUGAAGAUCCAGUGAUGUCAGCCUACUUCGACAUGAUCGGGUUCCGGCCUUCGGACGCCAAGAUGUUGGCGCAGCUUUUGGACCGGGACGGCUCAGGAGAGGUGACCCUCACCGAGUUUAUUGCUGGCUGCGAUCGGAUGCGAGGGGAGGCCAAAGGAGUUGAUGUACACCUACUGCUCCUGGAAUGCUACCAGAUUUCAGAGAGGAUCGAGAGGCUCGAGAAGGCCCUGCCGGGCAGUCCGCCGCCGACGCCGACCCGGCAGAGCCGCCUGAGCCACUAUCUCCAGAGGCUUUCCUCAUUCAGGUGAGUUGCCCAGCAGGCCUGGCCUGACAAAGUGCCAAUGAUCGGGUCACGCCGAAUCUCAUUCGGCGAUAUCUUAGGUGGAGUCAUGUUCUUGUACGUUUAGCUUCGCUCCCUGCGCCAGCUUUUGCUGAAAAGCAUUUGACCCACAAUCAAAACCCGGGUAGAUGAAGA